GCUUUGCAUAUGGCCGCGAGGAAAAAUCAGCGCGAGCUUUGUAUCCUCCUUCUGGACGCCGGUGCUUCAUUGCAUGUGGUCGACGAGGAAGGAAAUACACCCCUCCAUCUUGCGACACUCUUCAAUCAGCCGGAGAUAACAGAUCUACUGUUAUCGCGAGGCGCUGCCGUCAAUGCCGUCAAUAACAGACUUAGUGCUUUACAUAUAGCCGCGGAGAAAGGUCAUCGCGAGCUCUGCAUCCUCCUUCUGGAUGCUGGUGCUUCAUUGGAUGUGGUCGACGAGAAAGGAAAUACGCCCCUUCAUGCUGCGACAUACUUCAAUCACCCGGAAAUAACGGAUUUACUGUUAUUGCGAGGCGCGGCCGUCAAUGCCGUCAAUAACAACAGACAUAGUGCUUUGCAUAUGGCCGCUUGGAAAAAUCAGCGCGAGCUCUGCAUUCUCCUUCUAGACGCUGGUGCUUCAUUGAAUGUGGUCGACGAGAAAAAAAAUACGCCCCUCCAUGUUGCGACACUCUUCAAUCUUCCGGAGAUAACGGAUCUACUGUUAUCGCGAAGCGCGGCCGUCAAUGCCGUCAAUAACAACAGUUAUAGUGCUUUGCAUAUAGCCGCGGGGAAAGGUCAUCGCGAGCUCUGCAUCCUCCUUCUGGACGCUGGUGCUUCAUUAGAUGUGGUUGACGAGGAAGGAAAUACGCCUCUCCAUUUAGCUUCAUUUUUCAAUCAGCCAGAGAUAACGGAUCUACUGCUAUCGCGAGGCGCAGCCGUCAAUAACAUAAGACAUAAUCCUUUACAUGUGGCCGCAAUAAAAGGUCACCGUGAGGUUUGCACCCUCCUUCUGGACGCCGGUGCUUCAUUGCAUGUGGUCGACGAGGAAGGAAAUACGCCCCUUCAUGCUGCGACAUACUUCAUUCAGCCGGAAAUAACAGAUCUACUAUUAUCGCGAGGGGCGGCCGUCAAUGCCGUCAAUAACAACAAACUUAGUGCUUUGCAUAUAGCCGCGGGGAUAGGUCAUCGCGAGCUCUGCAUCCUCCUUCUGGAUGCUGAUGCUUCAUUGGAUGUGGUCGACCAAAAAGGAAAUACGCCUCUUCAUGCUGCGACAUACUUCAAUCAGCCAAAGAUAACGGAUCUACUGUUAUCGCGAGGCGCGACCGUCAAUGCCGUUAAUAACAACAGAUAUAGUGCUUUGCAUAUAGCCGCGGCGAAAGGUCAUCGCGAGCUCUGCAUCCUCCUUCUAGACGCUGAUGCUUCAUUAGAUGUGGUUGACGAGGAAGGAAAUACGCCCCUCCUUUUAGCCUCAUUCUUCAAUCAGCCGGAGAUAACGAAUCUACUGUUAUGGCGAGGCGCAGCCAUCAAUGCUGUUAAUAACAACAGACAUAGUGCUUUGCAUAUGGCCGCGGGGAAAGGUCAUCGCGAGCUCUGCAUCUUCCUUCUGGACGCUGGUGCUUCAUUGCAUGUGAUUAGCUUGAAAGGAAAUACGCCCCUCCAUUUUGCGACACUCUUCAAUCAGCCGGAGAUAACGGAUCUAUUGUUAUCGCGAGGCGCAGCCGUCAAUGCCGUUAAUAACAUAAGACAUAAUGCUUUGCAUGUGACCGCAAUAAAAGGUCACCGCGAGAUUUGCACCCUCCUUCUGGACGCCGGUGCUUCAUUGCAUGUGGUCGACGAGGAAGGAAAUACGCCGCUCCAUUUGGCCUCAUUCUU